ACUACAAGGUAAAGUCAGAAGCUUUAUGGGGGUUUUUAAUUUUAAAAGAAAACAGACACUGGACACAGUCAGUGCUGAGCUGAAAGCUGCUGCAAAGUCACUGGAGAGGAAGCAUGAAAACAGGACUGCUGUGCUGAAUCCUGUUGGGCUGGCUGAGGAAGGGAGAAGAGGUAUCCAAGUAAAAGAGCACUAUCAGCAUGAGAUCCAGUGACUAAAAACUGGUCAUGGAUGAGUGGUCACCAUAAGUUUUCAUACCGUCCUGUAAACCAGCAUCAUGAAUCAUUUAUCUAAAUUGCGAUUGCUCCAGUCCCUGUGGGCUGUCAAACAGCCUUAUAGAUUAUUCCAUAACCAUCACCAGCUUCUUGCAUCUCAGAUUAUUGCACACUAUGAAGCUAUAAACCGGUGCGAAAAGGAGCUGCCAGAAUACUUCAACUUUCCAAGUGAUAUCCUGGACAAAUGGUCUCAAAUGGAAAAGGAUGGGAGGAAACCAGCAAAUGCAGCAUUUUGGUGGAUAAAUGACGACGGAGAGGAGGUGAAGUGGAGCUUUGAGGAGCUAGGAUUUUUGUCCAGGAAAGCAGCAAAUGUGCUCAUUGGCCCAUGUGGUUUGAAGAAAGGAGACAGGGUUCUGAUGAUUCUACCUCGGAUACCUGAGUGGUGGCUGCUGAACGUGGCUUGUAUGCGAACAGGAAUUGUCUUUAUUCCAGGGGCAUCCCAAUUAACAGCCAAAGACAUUUUCUAUAGACUCAAGGCUUCUCAAGCCAAGUGCAUCAUUACCAGCGAUAUGCUGGGAGCUGCAGUGGAUUCUAUCAUAUCUAACUGCCAGUUUCUGAAAACCAAGCUAAUUGUGUCCAGAGCCUGCAGGGAUGGGUGGCUGAACUUCAAAGAACUCCUCAAGGUGGCAUCUGCUGACCAUAACUGUGUCAAGACGAAGAGUCAAGACCCCAUGUUCAUCUACUUUACAAGUGGAAGCACAGGAGCUCCAAAAAUGGCCGAACACUCCCACAGCAGUUAUGGCAUAGGAUUUGCAGCCAGUGGCAGGUGCUGGAUGAAUCUGACCCCCUCUGACAUAUUCUGGAACACCUCAGAUACAGCCUGGGUAAAGGCAGCCUGGGGCAGUGUUUUUGCUCCAUGGGCAAAUGGAUCGUGUGUCUUUAUACACAACAUGCCACAAUUUGAACCAUCAACUGUUGCAGAUACUCUUUCGAGAUAUCCCAUCACCACCUUCUGCACAGCUCCAACUGCCUACCGCAUGCUUGUGCAGCAUGGCCUUACCAGUUACAAGUUCAAGAGUCUGAAACACUGUGUGUCCGGAGGAGAGCCACUCAACCCAGAAGUGAUGGAGCAGUGGAAAACUCAAACAGGCCUGGAUAUCUAUGAAGGUUAUGGCCAGACUGAAACAGUAACAAUAUGUGCCAAUAAGAAAGGAAUGAAAAUUAAAUCUGGCUCUAUGGGACAGGCAUCUCCACCUUACGAUGUUCAGAUUGUAGAUGAGCAGGGUGAAGUUCUGCCUCCAGGAGAAGAAGGUGAUAUUGCCAUCCGCAUCAAACCGACAAGGCCCUUUUGUCUUUUCUCUCAGUACUUAGAUAACCCAGAGAAAACUGCCUCUACAGUACGAGGGAACUAUUAUAUCACUGGGGACAGAGGGAUUAUGGAUGAAGAAGGAUACUUUUGGUUUGUUGGAAGGUCCGAUGAUAUCAUUAAUUCUUCUGGGUAUCGUAUUGGACCAUUUGAAGUAGAAAGUGCCCUGAUAGAACACCCAGCAGUCUCAGAAUCAGCUGUUGUCAGCAGCCCAGAUCCCAUCAGAGGAGAGGUGGUAAAAGCCUUCAUUGUCCUGGCGCCUGCUUUUUUAUCUCAUGACCCAGAAAAAUUAGUUCAUGAACUACAGGAGCAUGUGAAAAAGGUUACUGCUCCCUACAAGUAUCCCAGAAAGGUGGAGUUUGUUCAAGAGCUGCCAAAGACUGUUGCUGGGAAAAUCCAGAGGAAGGUACUGAGAAACAAAGAGUGGGGAAGAGCAUAGCAUGGUCUGGAUGUUCAAGAGCAACUGCUUCUUUCACAUCCAUCAUCAUCAAUCAAGCCAUGUUUUGCUCUCCAUCAUGAACAAAAACUGUUAAUAGAAUGGAUGAGACUGUUAGCUACCAGUGGAAGAGAAAAUAAAAUUUUAUGGUACUUGCAUAUUGACUGUGUGAUAGUUCACCCAAGGUUGUAAAAACAGGAGGCCAUUGAUUUAGAUGGCUUUGGAUCAAAACAUUUUGGAAAAGAGAGGAUAUGACUAAGAAAAGGAAAGCUGGGUUUAGGAAUGUAUGAGGGGGAAAUAAAGGAGAAUUUCAAGCGUGUACAGGAAGACCUGUGAGUACAAAAUAUGUACUAAAUACAUUUCCUUUCCUGAGAACAUUUUAAGGUUUUCUGACCCAAGUAGAAAUACAGAUUCAAUAGCUCAAAAAUAUUCACAGACCAACAAUCUGAAGAAAAAUGUUGGUCUGGUUCCGUUGACACAUGUUCAGAAUGUUUCUCUUUCAUUUUUAAUGGUUUUUUAUUCUUUUAUUAUAACUAAUUUAAAUUUCAGAAGGCAUUUUGAACCAAAAGCAGAUUUGUUUUCAUUUGGCAAAUGGCUAAGUUUGAUUAAUUGGCUUUUUUUUAACAAAAUAAGUUUGGUCCAAAAAAUCCCAACCAGCUGUGCUGGUGGGCACAGUGCUGUAGCAAUGAAGUCUGGCAUCCGGGGCAAAGCUCACAGCGGCAGCCUGCCCUUGCCCUGUGCACAGAUCUGGGGGGCAAACCCCCCUGCCAUGCUUGCCUGAGAGUGCAUGCAGUGGUGGGAGCCACCCUUCCCCCAUCCCUGCACCCCUGCAAACGAACUGCUUGCGGCUCCGUCCCACACCUUGCCCUGGCUGGACAGCACCUAUUGGUGCUCCUUUGCUUCAGUGCCCGGGGCAGUCGCUCCGCUUGCCCCCCCACUCUUGUUGCAACACUGGGUGGGCAUGUUAUUAGGCAGAAAUAGCACUGUGUCCUGUGAACUUUAUAGCCCUUGUUAAAUUCAUUAGAUUGUGAAGUCUUUAAUUUGCAGAAAUGGGGAAGAGACACAGUGCUGGAGGUUAAAGUGCAAAGUCCCGGUGUAAAUAAUUACAAAAUAUAAACCCCUGCACAGGAGAUAAAUGUUGCAUUGCCUCCUUUAUUCUACACUAUGUCGCAUCAGAGUAAACUAUACUGACUAAAACAGUGAGUGGCAUAGCAUAUAUAUGUAUAUAUAGCGUCAAAUAAAAGCUAAGAGCAACAGGACCAUUUCUGUGGACAUAGACACCCUGAAAGCUGAAAAAACCAAAGAAGAUCUACCGUGUGCAGCUCUUCAGUGUUCUCUCAGAGCUUCACUGUCCAGCCUGUUGGCCAUCACAAAACACAGACCAACACGGCUACCAAGUACACCCCUGAAAUAUGGAAGAUGCCAAAUUUCAGCCGAUUUUGGAUUUUAAACUUUACUGCAGAACAACAAGGAAGUUUUUUUACCUCCCUACCUACCAUCUGACACCUUCAGGGAAGGGAUUCUACUUGAUCAACACAUCAAAAAGCUACUCAACACAGCUCACAAAGGCACUCUCAUGGACCCAGAGGGACAGACUUCUAUCUUCAGCUCCCUCUGUGCAAAAAUGAAGUUUAUUUCUGACCUAUGGGGACUUUUUACCAUCUUGUACCAUCUACACUUUUCCCAGAGCCUGACAAAGGGACUUUGAUUCCCAAAAGCUUGCAGAAAAGGGCAAUUUUCUUGCCAUUUUCCAAUUGGUCUAAUAAAAGGUAUCAUUUUGGAACCAAGA